AUGGUGUGGCCUUUUUCGCCCAGGUAUCCUGAGAAGACUGUGGCAGAUGUUGAUGGCAAGACAUUCGACUAUAUUAUCGUCGGCGGUGGAACCGCUGCUUGCGCCCUUGCGGCUCGCCUCAGUGAAGACCCAUCCGUUACUGUUCUCGUCCUCUCUCGCGGAAAGAUCAAGGACAACUGGCUGUCGAGCUCACCGCUGCUGAGCCAAGGACCGCAAAAGGACGGUCCCCAGGUCAGCGUACUGUAUUCGGAGCCCGAUGAACGUUGGGACGGCGCGCAGGUUCACACUUACACGUCACGUGCCCUCGGUGGCGCCUCGCGUAUCAAUGGGCUUAUGCUCACCAGGGGCACACCGGGCCAGUAUGACUCCUGGGCAGCAUGUGGCAACGACAAGUGGUCCUUCAAGGAGUGCGAGCCAUACUUCCGCAAGAUGGAGAAUGCGUCUCUGAACCAUCCUGGACCACUGUUGCUUAAACAUCAAAAAUCACUGUUCACUGUUGAGGACUACUUAACCAAGACGGCCAACGAUCUUGGGAUACCAGUAGGUGGUGAUUUGAACGAUCCUAGUGGACCAGCCAUUGGAUUGUUCGACGUGGAUCUCAUGAUUGACGAGCAAGCACGCCGAGUCUCUUCGCAGCUGGCCUACCUCCCAAAACCGAUGGUCAUUCAAAGGCAAGGCCACCUAACAAUAUGCGGCGGUGCUGUGGCCACCAGACUAGAGGUGAAUCAGGACGGAAGUGAGGUGACUGGCGUCUACUUCGUCGAUGGCGAGUCAAGGAGACGCCCCCGGCAAUCCUUUGUCAAGGCGAGGCGCGAGGUCAUUGUGUGCUGUGGUGCGCUCUUCUCGCCACAAGUGCUCAUGCUGAGUGGGAUCGGACCCAAGCCCCAGCUCGAGAAGCAUAAUAUUCCCGUCAUUCGCGACAUGCCGGGUGUCGGCGCAAAUCUGAAGGACCAUGUUUCCUUCGGUAUCGCUUUCGAGGUCUUGCCCUCAGACUCGUGGAUCUAUCUCUUGAGGCCACUUGUCGCCAUUUGGUCCUUCCUCGUGCUUGUCAUUUUCAAGACAGGCUACUUCGCCUCUAUGACGAUGCAGCACUGUUUAUUCAUUCGUUCGGGGGCCAUUGAGGACGAGACGAUGGAAGUCAAGCACUCCGACAAUCAAAAGAACAGCACGCUGGACGCACAUCGGCAGGAGAACAUACCGGACAUUGAGUACAUCCUCUGCGGCCACUCGAUGGAUGACGAGUACGUCAAGCAGAAGGGCUACUACAGCCUCUACGCCACCCUCUUGCAGCCUUUCUCAAGCGGUCGCAUCGAGCUUGCGUCGGAUGACCCGCUCACCUACCCCAAGAUGUAUCACCCUUUUGUCACUGACGACCGCGACUGGGUCGUGGCCCGCAAGGCGACCCGUUUCGCAAUGCACUUCAUCGAGCGCUUCCGCACCACGGGAUAUCCCUUCGAAACAGUGUGGCACCGCGCGCCUGGUGUCCGAGCGGGCACCACGCAGGGCAGCUGGCGCGACGCAACCGAUGCUGAGAUUGACAAGUUCGUCAAGGAAAGAAUCAGAAGCACACUUCAUGUGACAUCGACGUGCCGUAUGGCAAAGGAGGAGGAAGGUGGUGUUGUCGGGCAGGACCUCAAGGUGCACGGUUUUCGAAAUCUGCGCGUCGCCGAUGCGAGCGUCUUCCCGAGGCUGCCGAGUGCACACACCGUGGCCGCUACGUACAUGGUGGCUGAGAGGUGUGCUGACUUUGUUAAGAGCGCGUGGUCCUAG